AUGAAGCGAUUACUCGUCGUUUAUAGUGGUAUGGACACCGGCAUCAUGUCCGGCUCGCACGCAGAGUUUUACUUGCUUCCAUUACGGUGUAUCGCGACAAGGCUUUUGACAAGCAUUGCUAGUCUGGCGGGACACGUGAUGACAAUGUUAGGCUUUGUCAUGCCAGCGGAAGAAUCAAGCUUACAGCCGAUGCUAGCGUCGCGCAUUAUCGAGAUUGUCGUUAAGAACGUGUAUGGAGAUCAAAAUGCAGACAACAACGGCUGCUACGGUGAGUGCAAGCGUCAGCGAAUCUGA